CCAACUCAACAUGUCUGCAGCCACAGGAAAAUCCGCACUCGUCCUCGGUGCGACCGGCGCCACAGGAAAGCAUCUCCUACGGGAUGUACUCGCGUCGCCUGAGUUCACGCGCGUCGGCGAGUACGGGCGCCGUGUUACGUCCUCCGAGGCCAUCGCGGGGCUCGCGGGGAGGGAGAAGCUCGAGCAGCGAACCAUGGACUACGAGAAGCUGGGCGAGAGCGGGUUGAAGGGUGGGCGGUGGGAUGUUGUGUAUGUAGCUAUGGGGACCACCCGCGCGAAAGCAGGUAGCGCUGAGGCCUUUACGAAGAUUGACCGGGAGUACGUAGUCAAUGCGGCCAAAGAAGCAAAGACCGACGACCCUACCAAUGAGCAGCGCCUCGUGUAUCUCUCGUCCACAGGCGCGAACGCGUCCUCGCCUUUCCUCUACCCCAAGAGCAAAGGCCUCACGGAGCUCGAGCUCGCUGGGCUGGGCUACAAGGAGACGAUUGUCUUCCGCCCCGCAUUCCUGAAAGGCGCCGAGCGUCCCGACCAUCGUAUUGCCGAGAGCAUCUUCGGUUGCAUCACCGGCAUCUUGUCGACUGUAUCGUCCAGCAUGGAGAUUCCGAUUCAGUUAUGUGCCAAGAGCAUCUGCAAUGCAGGACGCUUGGGUGUCGCCGGCUUGCCUGCCUCUGCCCAGGCUGAGAAGGCGGGCAAGGAGGGUGCAUGGUUCACGCUGAUCAACAACGCUGGGGCUAUUAACCUUGGCAAGGCCGAUGUGUAAGAGUAUGAGUGUUCUGGAUUUUGCUGAGGCGCGAGCGGUUAUAGACGUGCGCUGAUUUAUUUCAAGACCUGUUUUCUUGACCUACCGCAGUAAAACGCGAGCUAAAUGUAACUUUACCGCGAAAGGCACCUAUUACGUGGGAGUGGGAUGGUACGUGCAUGUGUGGCGGUGU